CUUGGCUACUUUAUCUUCAUUAAUUGUGUGAAUUUACAUAUAUCCUCACUUUGAGUCAGUUCUUGUGGAGCAGAGCAGGGUGUUUUCCAAUGAACAGAUACAAUCAACGUAACCAGCAACCUUCAUAUAUUGCUGAUCAUUUCAACAGCUUGGAACAGGUGAUAACUUCUCUGAGAGAAGCUGGACUUGAAUCUUCAAACUUGAUUUUAGGAAUUGACUUCACCAAGAGCAAUGAGUGGACAGGAAGACACUCAUUCAAUAGAAAAAGCCUUCACGCCAUUGGUAAAAGACAGAAUCCAUAUGAGCAAGCAAUAUCCAUAAUUGGCCGUACAUUAUCUCCCUUUGAUGAAGAUGAUCUUAUACCUUGUUUCGGCUUUGGUGAUGUAACAACACGAGAUCAAUAUGUAUUCAGCUUUUACCCUGAGAACAAAAGCUGCCAUGGAUUGGAAAACGCAGUUAAAAGAUAUAGAGAGAUUGUUCCACAUUUGAAGUUGUCCGGUCCCACUUCAUUUGCACCGGUUAUUAAUGCAGCCAUCGACAUAGUGGAACAGAACAAUAUGCAAUACCAUGUUCUUGUCAUUAUAGCAGAUGGUCAGGUCACUAGGAAUCCAGAUGUGCCAUUUGGUCGGCUUAGUCCACAGGAAGAAGCUACUAUGAACUCCAUAGUGGCAGCUAGCCAUUACCCAUUGUCUAUAGUCUUGGUUGGAGUAGGAGAUGGACCGUGGGACACAAUGAAACAGUUUGAUGACAAUAUCCCUCACCGCGAAUUCGAUAACUUCCAGUUUGUGAAUUUCACAGAGAUAAUGUCAGAGCACAAAGAUGCAGCUAAAAAGGAGGCUGCUUUUGCACUAGCAGCUCUCAUGGAGAUUCCUUUUCAGUACAAAGCUACAUUAAGCCUAGAUAGAAAACAAGUGUGUGCUUCCCGUUUGCAUCACAAGCCGCUCCCACCACCACCUGAGGUCAUAGAGCGUGACAAUGCUGUUAGAGCAGUGCCAAAUCCAGUAACAGAAACGGCAGAGAGAAGUGAAAGAACGGUUUCAGUAACAACACAACCCGUAUGCCCGAUUUGCUUGACGAAACCAAAGGACAUGGCUUUUAGCUGCGGUCACACUGUAUGUGAACAUAUACAAAUAUAUUGAAAACUCAUUGCAUUGCUUGCUCCAUGAGCAAGAUCAGUUUUGUGAUAACUAUGUGGCUUUUAUUUUCAUGUGAAGACAUGCAAGGAAUGUGGUGUGGUUGUGAAGACAUGCCCAAUGUGUAGACAACCUAUAACAACGAGGAUAAGGCUAUACACUUGACUCGAUGAGGCAAAGACCAUAUGGGUUAGGCAGCUAAAGCUCCAUGUCCAUAUUUUGUGUACCAUAUUGUAUAGUUUCAAGCAGAAGAAUAAUUAAAAAACCUAAAUCAUGAGCUGAAAUAGUUUGUAACAAGGUGUUUUGCCCGCACUUGCGGGUAUAGUUCUCUUAUGAAUAUAUAUUAGCUGGUGUUUCAUUAAUUUAAAAACCAGCAUAAUAAGUUAU